GGUCAUCAUUCCCAUUCCGGACAAUAACAGGAAUCAAGUGGCAUAUAAACUUUGAAGCUGGGAACUUUUGAGUCGUGCAGCUAUUCUCGAUCCUGUGUAAGUGCGCACUCCAGCACUUACUAUGUGUUGGUGUGUUGAUAGUCCUGUGCAAACUUGGAAUGGACACAGAAAUCUUUCUUCUCUCCAUCUCCAUCUCCAUCUCCCCUCUGCCCUCUGCCCUGCUUUUUAUGAAUCUCACAAACAUAAUUCUCACCUCCAUCAUUUUAUUCAAAUGGCUCCAUGUGAUUUGCACCAUUCUCAUUUCGGCUCUGCGAAGAAUACUUGCUGAGCACAUAACUUUAUCGAGACCUCACUUCACUUGUCUCUCUCCAAAGUUCCAGUUCCAGUUCCAACUCCAGUUCCAACUCCAGUUCCACACUUCCCUUCAAACUCACACAAAAUCCCAUCAAAAAGUCCUACCGCGAUCUAUCCUCCCACCUUUCGAGAUCUGAUCCUCGCCCACUUGCAUUUUUGAUGCAGCCAUCCUCUUGAUUGUCUCCACCUACUGUAAUAUCUGCUCCAUUUGCGAGCAUCAGAGUUACUCCAUUCGAAAACUCUGGGAUCGUGAUCUACCUCCCACCACCAAAAAGAGAAACUCCAUAACCCACUAUUCUUUCUGCACACAAGCAUCAUCAGCCACAUUCUCAAUUCAACCAAACAGUGUCCAAGGGAUUCCCAAACAUCCCAGUUGGUCAUUCCAAAUUUCAUUCGUCUACACCACCAGUCAUCACCGAAUCAGUGAAUUGGCGUAGCGGGAUCGUCAUAUUCUUGUAUUGUUAUCUUACGGAAAAGGGAAAAUAGUCAUCAGAAUCGCUACAUGUUCCAUUUCCUACAUUCUUCUUUUCCAAUGCGAUAAUAUCCUCAUUAGCCCAUAGUUGGCAGAGGGUAAAGAGGCGAUCAAGCCUACGAUAGUCACCAUGUUUGGAAAUAGAAGGAGAAGAGCGGUUUCGAAUCCGCCAGUAAAUUCAAAUGUCAACGCAUCUGCCGCGACCGCCGCGGCACAGGCAUUUCUAUCUUCCCAAGCAUCAAAUACUUCCUUGUCGUCGGCUGCAGCGGCUGCCGCAUUACGAUCGAGACCGACGACACCUACCUCGGUGGCGGAUAUUCAAACCAAAAGAACGAUUCGGAGAAACGGUUCAACCUCUUCUGCUGGAAGCUCUUUAGGCGGUUCCGUACGUGGUCCGCCAGGUGCUGCCCUUGUGCGAAGAGGAAGUUCCGGUUCGAUGACGGAACGAACUUUUCGGGAAUCUUCACCAUCCAGAUCGUCACCAGUUCCCAGUGCAUAUGAUGCGCCGCCUGUACCGGCCAUUCCGCAGAACAUCAACAAGGCUGGUGGGAAGUCACGAAGAUCUGCAAGUAUGGAUGCACCUGGAUUAAGAAUCGCAUCACCGCCUCCAAACAAAGCUGGUGGGAGAGGUUCGAGUCUUGGACCAUCAGCAACACCAUCGCGUGGGAUGGGUCCAAGAAACCCAAGUUUAUCCAGUGUGUCUGAGAUGAAUGGGGAGAGUAGAGGGUCCGUCAAUUUUUCCUACCCUACGAGUACAAGGCCAAUGUCUCCUGAACAAAGACGGCUAACAUGUUCUCCAAGCUUAAGUACAAGCCCAAGGAUUGUUUCACCACAUGACCAAAAUCUAGUAUACGAUCCAAAUACCAGACGCUUCUUGCCGCUAGCGGACAUUCUAGCUAUCGAGCAGAGAUUGAGUGGAAUUGCUAAUGCUCCAGUGAAAAAGAAGAAACGAACUCCGCCUGCACAAGGUACUCAUCUAGCAGCUGGAACAAUGGGUGGAAGAUUAAAAGGGACCGCGGUGGAUGCAAUGGAAAGGGCGUCAAACACAUCAACCGCACAACAAUCAAAGUCACAACCUUCCCAGCAACCCGUAUUACAGUCGACUCAGCAAUCCAUAUCACAGCCUACACCAAAAUCUAAUGAUGUAUCAAAAUUGCCCCCCGCGGAAACAGAAGCGCCUCGGGAACAUCCUCAAUCUAUACCUGUCUCGGAAUCAAAUUCCCCGCAAAAUUCUCUUGCAGUGACGGCUCCACCAAAGAAGAAAAAGAAGCGUGUUAUCGUAGCCGAUUCUGAUAGUGACCAGGCAUCAAUUCUACCAAAUUCAUCUGCUGAUGAAAGUGACGCACCAUCAUAUGGUUACAAAACUCGAGCAGGCGCCCUGUUAGCGAAAAAGCCAUCCGUUGUGCGUGAGGAUAGAGAAAGAGAGGAGAAAGAAGACGAUUCUCCUCUGCGCUCUGGAAAUGUAGGAUUCUUAGAGAAUCGCAAUGAACCUGCAAGAACUACAUCACCAUCUCCUUUGCCUCGGUCAUCUGCUGGUAGGGGACAUGGGCGAGCGCAAUCGUCAGCAAAUUAUGCGGAAGAACGCCAGCAUACCAGAUCUGCAAGCCAACCUCCAAUGUCAUCUGUUGCCGCCCUUUCGAUAAAUGAAGAAUCUCCUCGUGGCGGUCGUGUCCAAUCUGUGAGUCCUGCGAGAACUCCACAUUUUAUGACAACCCCCGAAACCUUGACGGUGAGACACCAUCCACCUCCACGAUCUGUAUCUCCACGAAAAUCAGCCUUGAAACAUUCUUCUAUGUCUUCAAUCGAACCUAGAGGACCAUCGCCAUCUGACGGAGGUUCCUUACGACUGAGUGAGAUUUCUAAUGAUGAGGAACAGCCCAGGAAGAAAGCGAACAGGGUUAGCUUUGAUGAAGGAAACAAUGUUGUAUUGGGUCAAUCAACAACCUUGCCUUCCGAUUCACCAAUGGUUCCGAGUCCGCAAGUAAAGCGUAGCUGGUUUAAUAUUGGCCGUGGAAAAAAGAAGGACAUGCAUGCUACAGAUGAAGAUGACGACGAGUUCAUGAAGCCAAGGCCAGCCCUUCCUUCUUUUGGAAGUGUGAGGGAAAGAAAGACUCAUCGAGAGGCAGAGGAACGAGUUUUAGUCAGACCACCAGAGCAAGUCAAUACUAUUGCUCCUGUCACUUCUCCCACUUCACCAUUGUUCACAUCUCAUGCGGGAGAUGUAAUGGAAUUCCCCAUGGGACAAUCAAAUGAUCAUGUAGCAGGGUCACUACUCGUUCAUGAUGCCGCUUCAAAGAAUGCAGCGAAUAUUUCGAAAUCUCGCGAGCCUCUACCUCUCGACGUAACUUCGGUGGAAGGAACUGGAGAGAUUACAGAUGCUAGCAGUACUUAUAGCUUAGAUAAUAAUGCUAUCGGCAUUGCUAGAAGUAAUAGUGUAAGAGUGGGACCAGAAGAUGGACAUGUUGAUACAUAUCGAGAAUUGGCAAGUCCAACGAAAGAUCAAUUUGAGGAUCACGAAUUGAAUGACAAUAUUCCCGAGAUUGCUGUUCAGAUGCCUACUCCAACUCCAGAAGGCACACAAUCAAGAGAAUGGUUGGACAUGCCUGGUGGGUAUAGGGGCUCAGGAAGCUCUACUUCGAGUCAUGUGGAUCAAACCAUGGAUGAGAUUUCUCAUGUUGCUCCUGAGAAUGGUGUUAUUGGCUCAGCUAUAUCGCCGACUUCUGAAACAGAAAAUCCAAUAGAAGAUACCUCGACCUUAUUGGAAUUUGAGGAUGGUACGAGAACCAAUUCGGAAGCUCAUCCCGCACCAAUCUUUGAAGAGUCGGAGGAAUCUGAAAAUGACAGUAUAUAUAGUGAUGCUGCUGAAGAGUUUGAGACGCCAGACGAUGGUGGGUUCAUGUCGUUGGAUGCUGUGGUAGAAAGUCCUGUUUCGGCAUCUUCUGUUUUAGCAUCUCAGCCGGAUAGCCCAAGUACCAAGUUGGCGAAAGAAAGAGCAUAUAUGUCAAGUCAAUUGCAAAGGAAAUCGAGUGAACCAGACCCUGAGGAAGGAUGGGAGAAGGCUCAGCAAUAUUGGAAGAAUUUGUCAGUGGACAGAAAGAAACAAUUAGAGCUAGAUGCACACAUGGUAGCAGAUGAAGAAGAGCAAGAAGUUACACUAGCUCCAAAGCCAAAGAAGACGAAAAAGAAAUCGGUAACGAUACAAUCACCUACUUCUCCUAUCAUGAUAACAAUGCAAGAAUCGCCAUUUCCACAAGUUCAAAAGCAAUCAAAUACAGAGAGAAGCUACAUGAUUCAACCAGGAUCAAAGGCAGGCUCCAACGUUCACGGCCAAACGACUAUGCGAUCAUCUAUGAGAGCGGAGCCUCCUCAUGUGGAAUCAGAUGUUCAUAUCAGACAAUCUAUGAGAGGAUCUGGUUCAACAAAAGGAGCAACUCAAAAUGGAACAACUCAACCCAAUGGAAUACAUCAAAAGAAACAAAGACCUGUUUCUCUUCCUCCUACGAAGACUCAAGCAAAUACUCAAGCUGUCAAUCAGCACCUUCGACUUAUUCAGGGUGCUGCUGCCACUGCUGCUUCACCAAAUUCGCAAAGAAAUAGUGCAUCGGUAGCACCAACUCCUCUACGACGUAAAUCAUCUGGAGAUAGUGAUACUAGUUUCAAACGUGCUAGACCUGCCACAGAUGGAAUAAGUAUGAGGCGUUCUAUGCGUCGUGAAAGUGAUGUGUCAUCAAAUGGUCGUCAACAGUCUCCUCUUAACUCAAGUCGAUUUAGUCUUCGAUCAUCAUCUCCUGGUGGACCUCCUGCAGUUACCAUGCGAGGAACAAUGCGAAGUUCUUUAAGAGGAUCUAAUGAUUCUACUGCUCGGGCAAAAUCUCCAAUUAAAAUGCCUGGAUUUGGUAGAAGUUCAUCGGCUAGACCAGCUCCAAAACAAAAGUCAAAUCAACGAUCAAGUCGAUUUGCGGACUCUAGUGAUGAAGAUGAACCUCGUCAUGGGUUUAGAAGUCGUUUUGUGGAUUCGAGUGAUGAUGAUGAACCUACACCUAUUCCUAUAGUCGCACGACCAAUAUCAUCACGUGGUACACCAGUUCGAAGUAUACCAAAACCUAUAGGUUAUCAAGAUGGAGAUUCUUCUGAUCUUCCAGACAGUGAUGAUGAGAGUCGACCUGCUACAGCUAAAAGUUUGAAUAAAUCUAAACCAAAUGGUAAUAGACCAUCAUCUCGAAAUACGACAGCAUCGUCUGGAAAUUUACAAAGAUCGGGUUCUGGUCGUGGAUUAAUCAAGGUUGCCAAUGGACAAGGCACGCCGGUCCCUCCUGCUAGACCACAGAAUGCUCGACGUGGUAGUAUUCUAUCUAUUUUUAGGAAGAAACAAGAUCCGAAUAGUAAAGUAAGGAAAUAUAAUGGAGAGAGUCCAGCGAGGAGAGAUACACAUUUGGAGAGAAGUAAGGAGGAUCUUGAAGCUAUUAAGAAACCGGAAACUUUUGGUAAACCUGAUGCUCCAAGAGUUUUGAAAAAGAAUCCUCGACAAAAUAGUGGAUCUUGGCCUUUGGCUGAUGAUACGGGAAUCAAAUUACCUUUUGAAGAGGGAAGACCUUUUUCUGCGGAUACGGGAGCAGGAAUUGUAGGAGGUGAAAAUAAAGAAGUGGUUGCGGAAUUAAAUGGGAGACCAGAGGUUGGGAAUCGAAGAUUUACGGCUACGGGAUUGAGUGAAGUGGAUGUAAUGGGGCAAGGGGGAAGUCCGAGAAGAAAGAAGAAGUUUCAGGUAUUGAGAAAGAUGUUUAGGUUGGAUGAUUAGAAGGUGGUGGUAGUCAUGAUGAUGGUGGCGAAUUAAUGGACAUGUGGGAGACAUAUAUGUAUUAUUCUUUCUUUUUUGCUUUUCUUUUGUUACUUCAAUGGUGGAUUGACGGAUUGGAGGGGGAAAUAGAUACCAAUGGAAUUGAAUGGGGUGGAUGGAUGGGAGGAUGGAUUGGGGGAAGGAUAUGGAUUGGGAAACAUGUAAAUACAAAAAAGCAUGUUGGUUUGGUUUCUGGGGAAGGGAUUGUAGAAUAUAUGUAAAAUUUUAAUCAUCAAUGUUUUUUCCCACUUUAUUUAUGAAGAUUUGAGUUUUGGUAGUAGUGUGUUUUGAGGGGGGAGAGGGUGAAAUGGGAAGAAAUUAGAUUGAGGAAGGUGGUUUGAGGGUGUGUAAUGGAUGAUGAAUGGUAGCUGAUUAAUAAUAUAUAUAGUAGAUAAAUGGAUAUGUAAUGAAUGAAUAAAUAAAUAGUAUGAGCUAUAUAUGUA